GGUUCCGUUCGUUCAGUCGUUCGCACGAACUUGCUCUGAACGUUGCGAGACGAAAACACAAAGCCAGCAAUUUUAGAAUGGUGCAGGUGUGGUUUAUGGACAGCGAGGACAGCGAUCAGCGGCUGGAGCACAAGCGGAAUCCACCCAUCUACCUGGAUCUGGCAACACUGUACAAGAAAACCGGCGUGGAGUACUUUCGGAUCAAUGCCGACGACCAUGAGAACGAUGAGCUGCUGAAAGAACUGCGCAGCAAGCGUGGCUACACCUACGAGGAUCAGAUCACCUGCUCCGAGCAGUGCCUGCCGGAUUAUCUGAACAAGCUGAAGGCCUUCUACACGGAACACUUGCACACGGAUGAGGAAAUUCGCUUGGUUCUCGAUGGUUCCGGUUAUUUCGAUGUGCGCGACGGCGAGGACAACUGGCUGCGCAUUGAGGUGGUUAAGGGGGAUAUGAUUAUUAUACCGGCGGGCAUUUACCAUCGUUUCACACUGGACAGCAAGAACUACAUAAAAGCGCGUCGUUAUUUUAUUGGCGAACCCGUUUGGGCUCCACACAAUCGGCCGGCGGACAACAUGGACUGCCGCAAGGCUUAUUUGCAGCAUUUGGUGCAAUUGGGCAAAGCCUAAUGUUGCCAUGCAUAUAAAUACCUUUGUUAUAGCCUUUGAGUAAGCAAUUAAAUACAUUUUUAUUAUUUGUAAAAAGAUCGACGGGUGAACCAGUUCUUGAGGAACGAACUGGCUCACUAAAUUGAACUACUUCGCAGAGUGACAUU